AUGGUGGCAGCAGUAGCGACGCUGGUGGUAGAUGUUGGGAUGUGGUGCUCUUCUUUACUUUAUGCCGACCGAAGAACUAUGCCUGGUCAUAGGAGGUUUUCUUUGUCAGGUUCUGAGUUGAAGUGGAGUGCUUCUCAGGGAAGGCUUCUUUUAACAACUGGGAUGUUCUGCGGUCCUUUCCUGUGGGUUUACUAUUUGGGGGUUUCUGCGGUUCUCUCAUGUGGGUCUAUUGUGUUUGUCUCUAGUUGUGGUUUGCGUCAGAGGUCUUUGUGUUAG